AUGGGUCACUCUGCCUGUGAGUGUGCCUAUACCAGCCGACACUUUGGAUGCCUAGUCCUGUACCUGUCUGUACCCUCCCAGGCUCAACGCUGGCGCAGCGAGAACUUUGAGAGGCCGGUGGACCUUGAGGGCUCAGGGGACGACGACUCGUUUCCUGAUGAUGAACUGGAUGACCUCUACUCAGGGUCGGGCUCCGGCUACUUUGAGCAGGAGUCUGGCCUGGAGACAGCCAUGCGGUUCGUCCCCGACAUGGCCCUGGCUGCACCCACUGCGCCUGCCGUGCUACCCACGACAGAUAUUCAGCCCGUGGAUACCCCAUUUGAGGGGCUCCUUUCUGAGCACCCCAGCCCGGAACCAGUUACCAGUCCCCCGCUGGUAACAGAGGUGACAGAAGUCCAGGAAGAGCCCAGCCAGAGAGCCACCACUAUUUCCAUCACCACUUCUACCACCGCUGCUACCACUACAGGGGCCCCUACUAUGGCCACAGCACCUGCCACAGCAGCAACCACUGCCGCUGGCACUCCCGCAGUACCCCCUGCCACGGCCACCACUGCUGAUGUAAGGACCACCAGCAUACAGGGGCUGCUGCCUCUUCCCCUGACCACGGCUGCCACAGCCCAGGCCACUACCCCAGCAGUGCCCUCACCACCAACUACUGUGGCUGUCUUGGACACGGAGGCCCCAACACCUAGGCUGGUCAGCACAGCUACCUCGAGGCCACGGGCCCUUCCUCGGCCAGUCACCACCCAGGAGCCUGAUAUUGCUGAGAGGAGUACCCUGCCACUGGGGACCACCGCUCCUGGACCCACGGAGGUGGCUCAGACCCCGACUCCUGAGUCCCUUCUGACUACCAUCCAGGAUGAGCCAGAGGUGCCAGUGAGUGGGGGACCCAGUGGGGACUUCGAGCUGCAAGAAGAGACCACACAGCCUGACACAGCCAAUGAAGUGGUGGCUGUGGGAGGAGCCGCAGCCAAGCCCUCACCUCCGCCAGGGACACUGCCCAAGGAUGCCCGCCCAGGCCCUGGCCUCCACGACAACACCAUCGACUCCGGCAGCUCGGCUGCCCAGCUUCCUCAGAAGAGCAUCCUAGAGCGGAAGGAGGUGCUCGUAGCUGUGAUCGUAGGUGGGGUGGUGGGCGCCCUCUUCGCUGCCUUCCUGGUCACACUGCUCAUCUACCGCAUGAAGAAGAAGGACGAGGGCAGCUACACCUUGGAGGAGCCCAAGCAGGCGAGCGUCACGUACCAGAAGCCUGACAAGCAGGAGGAGUUUUAUGCUUAGCAGAGCCACAGUGCCUCCUGCAGCCACCUUGCCCAGUCCCUGGCCCCUACAACAGCCCAGGUCUGGGCCUGGGGAGGAGCCUGGCCCUGCUUCCUUCUGCCCAGGCUGCUAGCAUA